UAUAAACCCAACUCGACAUUUUGUUUUUCUUUUCCUUCUUUCCUUCCAUUUUUUAUUUACAUAUUCAUUGCUUACAUACCAUCUUCUGUUUAUACAUACCAUAUACCCCUCCUCUUUUACAAUCCACCAUAUUUACAUAUAUAACCAGAGCUUUACAUAUAUAUAAACAAAAAAAUGGACGCACAUUACUACCACAGUCACCGUCCAUCACUUCCUUUAACCAAGGAAAAUCUGUCGCGCUAUGUGCACCAACAAGAAGAAACCGAGCCUUCCUUCACAUUAAUGAGCCGCUACUACAACGACUUGCCACCACCCUCGCCUGUAUUAUCCGCACGGCGCGAACGACGCAAUUCAUCCAACACAACAUCCUCGGAUUUUGUCGUGGCCACACCACGUCUAUCUCCAUUUCCAUACCACAACGAUUCCUUAUUCCUUCCAACUGCAGAGCAGCAACAUAACAGCACCAUUAGCAGUCGACGUAGUAAUAGUCCUACGCCAUCCAUUGACACAUUCUCGAGCUAUCCAGGAGUACGACGAGCUAGUGCCGCUGAGCGACGUCCUAGUCCACUCGCAACAGUUCCUCCUCGACGUCAAGCAAGUGCUCCACCAUUAGACCGAGCCACGACACGUAAAUUCGCAAAGCAAGAUUGUCAAGAUAGUGCUACCACUCCAAAAAAAGCUCGGUCCUGGUGGCUUUGGCUUUCUAAACUGCUUACUAUCAAAUUAAAAAAGAAAAAAGCACAUGCUUCAUCAUCAUCAUCACUGUCCACUUCCUCCAAGCGUAGCAUCGCCACAUCAUCGCUACCAACAGCAUCAAUGACAACAGCUACCACGGCUGCUACUACUUUAACAGCAGCAACGUGCCGGCUAAAUGAAGGAUCGCCUGUGUGGUACAGCCAAUUCAGAGCAAACCCACCACCCCCUUCCGCAUUGGCCAUGGCUGCUGCUUGAAAACCAUCUCCUCUCCCCCAAUUUCCCCUCUCAAUCCCCGAUCCAUUACAUUCAGCCUUUUUUUAUGUUCAAAUCUGUACAAAAACCGAUUUUUUCUUAUAUUCUUUGUUACGAUUCCCCUAUUAUAAUUAUCUACUAUAUAUACGCUAUUUCUCUUUCAUGCUAUACUUAUCCCUCAGUCUCAUAUUACACUCAGCUAUAUAGAUAUCCCAAUUCUCAUCACAUAUAAUUAUCACAUAUUUAUAAAUAUACAAACAUAUCUUAUAUUCUUAUAUUUAGCCUUCACAAAUAUAACAAACAAUAG